UAAAACCAGUUGAAAAAAAAAAACUAAAGUUAACAGAAAAGAAAUCCUAAAAACGAAAAUCAAACCCCCUAUUAUUUUUAAAUUUAAUUUAACAAAAGUAACAAAAUGGGAAUGCAAAAAUUUUGCCGUGAACUGCCCAAAUUAGAGUUGCAUGCUCAUCUAAAUGGCUCAUUGAGUCGCUCAACUAUGCUGCAACUGCAAAGGUGUCUAGCUGAUAGUGGGAUGACUGAUAAAUCUAAUGCAUUUCUAGACGAGUUUCAAAUAGCUGCAGGUGACACAAGAAACUUGGCUGAUUGUUUCCAAGUAUUCAACAUUGCACAUGCACUAACAAGCACUAAAGAGACACUUGCUAUGGCAACUGCAUUAACACUUAAAGAAUUUGAAGACGAUGGGUGCUGCUAUAUUGAACUACGAAGUACACCUCGUCAAACACCACAUAUGACAAUCAGCGAAUAUAUUGAAACCAUCGUUCAGACUAUGCUGACCACCACAAACAUGUCAAUCAUACCCUGUCUCAUAAUAUCACUAAAUAGAAGUAGCUCUCAGAGAGAUGCGGAUAUAAUUGCAGAUUAUGCUAUUGAAUAUCACGCGAAAUAUCCAGAUAUUGUAGUUGGCAUUGAACUAAGUGGUAAUCCUGCUAUCGGAAACUUUCAAGAUUUUGUACCACCAUUGACUAGGGCAAGAAAUGCUGGUUUAAAAAUCACAUUACAUUGCGGGGAAAUAUGCAAUCCAAAAGAAGUCAUUGAAAUGUUGAAUUUCAAACCCGAACGGAUUGGCCAUGGUGUUUGUAUACAUCCACAAUUUGGUGGUAAUGAUGAAACUUGGGAAUUGCUGUGCAAGUCUCAAAUGCCUGUUGAAAUAUGUCUAACAAGUAAUGUGAAUACAAAAUCAACACCAGAUUAUAACUGUCACCACUUUAAGGAACUGUAUAAUGCCAAUGUGCCUAUUGUAAUAUGUACUGAUGACAAAGGAGUGUUUGCAACAUCACUUUCGCAGGAAUACCAAAUCUGCGCUGAAACAUUUGGAAUUGAUCAAUCAAAACUUGCUAGGCUAAGCCUUAGCGCUUGUAAUUAUAUAUUUGCAGACGAGAAACGGAAGAUGCUUAUGGAUAAAUUACUAAAUUUUAUAAAUAAAAACGAAUUAUAAUUUUAAAGAAAA